UCAACUCGCCGCUCCUAUUGAUUACUUUCUCCUGACGUCACGGCGAACUCAAAAGAAUGGCGGACACUUCCAUGCAGACAGUUCCUACUGUCACAUUCAAGGAAGGAGCAUGUUGUGAAAACAAUUUACCUGUACUUUUGAAUAAUACAUCAAACGAAAUGAUAAGGAAAGUUUCGUCUACAUCGAGAUUUCAAGUGGACAGAGUCAAUUCAGUUACAGAUGAUCCUGACGACGUAAACAACACGGUUGAUGAUGCUGAGUCGCCGGCACACAGAAACAAAGAUGACAGCCGACAGUCAUUUGAAUCACCUACAUUUGGGUCUAGUCCCCCGGUAUCUCCUACGGAUACUUAUGCCAGCCAUAAUUCAUUUUCAAAUCCUUACGAGACAAAUUUUAAAACAUUUGGAAGGUAUACCACCGAAGCUUUACCACACAUGGAUCACUACAGAAAUUUACUUUCCGCUACAACUGCUAUGAAAUCCAGACCCACUCUAGCAGAACUUCACGAAGAAAAGGAUACUGAAGAAAAUUUCCGCAGCAAAGCCAGGGAGAAAUUAUUAGCAUCUGAAGAAAAGCUUGCGGAAGAGGGUCUAAAAAAAAAAUCCCAGGAAAAGGGCGCUUUAAAAUUUGGUUGGGUAAAAGGAGUGCUUAUACGAUGUCUGCUGAACAUCUGGGGAGUGAUGCUGUUUAUGCGGCUGUCCUGGGUGGUGGGACAGUCCGGGGUGGGGUUCGCCACCCUCAUCAUACUCUUGUCUGCUGUGGUCACCACACUCACAUCACUCUCCAUGUCUGCCAUAUGUACCAAUGGCGAAGUCAAAGGGGGUGGUGCCUAUUUUAUGAUAUCCCGGAGUCUGGGACCAGAGUUUGGGGGGGCCAUAGGCUUGGUGUUUUCUGUAGCCAAUGCCGUUGCUGUAGCAAUGUAUGUAGUGGGCUUCUCAGAAACUGUCCGAGACAUCCUCAAGGUACACAACGCCCUGAUGGUUGACGAAGUAAACGACAUCCGUAUCAUUGGGGUGUUGACCAUUACCUUUUUGCUGUUUAUAGCCAUUAUAGGAAUGGAGUGGGAGGCCAGGGCCCAGCUGAUUUUGUUAGGGCUUUUGUUAGUUGCUAUAGCUAAUUUUAUGAUAGGAACAUUUAUACCAUCAACUCCAGAACAAAUUUCUAAAGGGAUUGUUGGUUAUAAAGGUAAACUUUUUGUGGAGAAUUUAGGACCAAAAUAUACUGAUGGAGAAAACUUUUUCUCAGUUUUUGCUGUAUUUUUCCCAGCUGCUACGGGUAUUUUAGCUGGAGCUAAUAUCUCAGGUGAUUUAAAGAAUGCACAGAGAAACAUUCCGAAGGGAACCUUUUAUUCUAUACUGAUAUCUACGAUUGUGUAUAUUGGAAUAGCGUGGGUACUUGGUGCUACUAUCAUGCGUGAAGCGUCAGGAUACGCUGUCACAGCACUUCAGUCAGCCAUAACCACCAACGUUAGUGCCAACGGUUCAUAUCAGUCCUCCCUCACCAACACCUCAGCAGUUCAGCAUCAGCCCAGUGCUUUCAGUCUGGCACAGAACUGCAGUCUCGGCAUGGACGGGAAAUGUGAAUUCGGUCUUCUCCAUGACUACCAGACUAUGGAGACAGCUUCAGGUUUUGGCCCCCUUGUGACAGUGGGAAUAUUCUCUGCCACCCUUUCCUCGGCACUUGCCAGUCUCGUGUCUGCUCCCAAAGUCUUCCAGGCAGUUUGCAAAGACAAGAUAUUCCCAAAAAUCCAUAUCUUCGCCAAAGGUUAUGGUCCCAGUGAUAACCCAAGGCGAGCCUAUUUAUUAGCCUAUUUUAUUGGUGUGGCAUUCAUUUGUAUAGGUGAUUUGAAUGCUAUUGCCCCCAUCAUAUCUAAUUUCUUCCUGAUGUCCUAUGCCCUCAUCAACUAUUCCUGUUUUGAUGCCUCACUUGCCAGGUCACCAGGGUGGCGUCCAGCGUUCAAAUACUACUACAUGUGGUUGAGUCUCAUUGGUGCCUUAGUGUGUAUAGCUGUAAUGUUUAUUAUCAACUGGUGGACAGCCUUGAUAACAUUUGCUGUGAUAGCCUUUAUCUUUGUAUAUGUACACUACACAAAACCAGAUGUGAAUUGGGGCUCAUCUACCCAGGCUCAUGUGUAUAGAAGUGCUCUCCAGUCGGCUCUCAAACUCCUGGCUGUGGAAGACCACAUCAAAAACUUCCGGCCACAGAUAUUGGUGCUAACAGGCCUACCUUCCAGUCGCCCUGCCCUGGUGGACUUUGUGUAUACCCUGACGAGGAAAAUCAGUCUGAUGAUGUGUGGGCACAUCCUCAUCGGGAACCAGAGUGAUUGCCUACGAGAGAUCAACAGGUAUAAGUCUGGCACAGUCUACCAGUGGUUCAAACAACGGAAGGUCAAGUCCUUCUACAGCGUCACCUCAGCGACGUCCUUUAGGCAGGGUGCACAGAGUAUUAUGCAGAAUGUUGGAGUAGGGAAAAUGAGACCUAAUAUUGUAGUGAUGGGCUUCAAGUCUGACUGGCGAACCACCCACUAUGAGGAAGUGGACGGCUACUUCAAUACCAUACAUGAUGCCUUUGACCUGGAGUUUGGUGUUGGUAUCCUGAGAGUGACAGAAGGGUUCUAUUGUGAGACGAAUCAGAACGAGGCUGGCCAUGAAUCUCUGGUCCAACACAAGCUUGAUGCCUCUCCUCAACUUACACAUAGCAACUGUUGUGGACCACCCGUGACCUCAACAACCGAUGAGGAGGAAAUCCAUUCAUACCCCAGUACCCCCACCAUGCUGCGGAAACACAGCCAUUCCUCCGAGGGCUCCUUUCCUGAUCACAAUGGAGAAAUGCCACAGAGGGAUGACAGUCACCAACUGUUGAUGUCUGAGAACCGCCUCAGACAGCAGAAUAGGUUUGCCAAAAAGCAGAAGAAGGGAACAAUAGACGUCUGGUGGCUGUUUGAUGACGGAGGUUUGACCUUGUUGAUCCCUUAUAUCCUCACAACAAAGCUGUACUGGGGCAACUGUCGACUGAGGAUCUUUAUUGCUGGUACAAAGAGAGGCGAGAUUGACAGAGAACAGAGGCAGAUGGCCACGUUACUGAGCAAGUUCCGUAUUGAGUGUAAAGAAAUCACAGUUAUAGCUGACAUCGGCAAAUCUCCAGAGAAAAAGAGUGAGGUGGAGUUUGACAAGUUGUUGGAGGGAUGGAUGUUAGAUGAGGAGAGUGGAGAAAGCCAGGAAAAAUAUCCAUGGAAAAUAUCAGAGGAGGAAAAAGACUUGCUCCAGGAUAAGACGAAGCGAAACAUUCGACUGAAGGAGCUCCUAGUGAAGCAUUCCAGUGACGCAUCAUUGGUUGUCAUGACCCUGCCUAUGCCAAGAAAGGGCACCUGUCCGACAGGUCUGUACAUGGCCUGGUUGGACACGUUGACCCGUGACAUGCCACCCAUUCUCUUACUCAGGGGAAACCAGUCCAGCGUGCUCACCUUCUAUUCAUAACACCACCUACACAACAUAUGGCUUCCUACUCAACCAUGGCAACACAGCUUCUAGAUCUCAGAGAAAGGAGACAUCUACGCAAUAAUGUUUGGAGAUCCGGAAUCUCAAAAUCAGAUAGAGAAAAGCCAUCAUAGCAAUAUUUAAAAACUGAUAUAUACUCUGAAUCUCAAAUUUGGUUUUGCAAUAUCCCUUUAAGAUUAUGUAUUGAGAGUAAGGAGAGUGAUGGGGAGGAGGGAAUCGGAAUAAAUCCAAGCAUAUCUAAUGAAUAAGUAUAAACAUGAGAUUGUGUAGUGGUUCAGAUGGCUAGGUAUGCUAGAUUGUACUGCUGAAUAUUCUCCAUUGUGCUGACAAGCAUACUGUCCCUAGGACUACAGGAUCUUCUCAAUCUUCUGUCUAAUAGGGGACAGUAGGAUGCACAAAUGAGGUAGAGCUAUCAAUGUAGGAUGAUUUUAGUGAUAAGGGUAUUCUGGACAUUAUAGGUUGUAUGGUAAACUACUGUAUAGUGAUGCUAUGGUAGUAUGGUGCUGAAUUAUUGCCUAAAUAUUGUAACAUUUGUGAUGACUUGUACUGGAGGGGCACUGCCGUGAGCAGAUAUUAGAGUAAUAGUGUAAUGAUGGUAUAUAUAGUAGCUGUACAUGUGGGACUACGUAGUAUUGUAAAGGAGAGGUGAAGUAUACUGGUGUAGGUAUUACCUGUAUAUGUGGGACUACGUAGUAUUGUAUAGGAGAGGUGAAGUAUACUGGUGUAGGUAUUACCUGUAUAUGUGGGACUAAGUGAUAUAGGUGUACAUGGACUUGUGAGUAAUGUUAUACAAUGUAAUAUAGAACACCUGUGAUUGAAAAUGUUUGAUACUAGAGAUUAUCCUUAGAUAUUCUAUUGUGCUAUAUAACAAAUGUGAUGUCAUAACUUUAUAAAAAUUGGUGAAAAGCUGGUUUCUAUUUGUGAGGAAGUAACCAAGGGCAUUUUGUAUUUCAAAUAUUGUACUCUGCUCCAAGAGGGGAGGGAUAAUUAAGUUAGACGGAUUUAAAGGGAGGAGGGUUUAUACUUGGUAUCAUUGAUGAACUUUGAAGCUAAUGAUAAUAUAUGGUAUGGGAUGGCCAGUUCUGUUCAUAGAUGACCAGUAGUCUCUCUGUCAAGUGUUUAGGUAAGGACUCUUUGCCAUCAUUAUGUGUUUUAUGAAUGGAUAUGUAUCCUCUACAUUUACAAUAACCACUGCCUGUUGGACAAGUCGACAGCUUGUCGCAGUACUGACCUGAUCAUGUGUUCUGUUUAGGAAUCGCCCUGUAACCAUUGAUCUGUGAUAUUGGUGAUGUUUGUGUUCUGAUGAGGGAAACCUGACCCUGGUUAACCUUUAUGUUAUCUCAUAUAUUCUUAAUAUAUGCAAUCUUGUACCUCGAUGUUCAUUUGCUGUGCCAGUACAACAAUAAUUUCAUUUAGUUAAAGAACCUCUUAACUAAACUUCUUUACACAAUCGUGUCUCAAAACCAAUUCCUAUAUACAAUGUAUUUGUAUUUUAAAAUAUAAAACUAUAUUAAAAUAUUAUUCUGUAUAUUAAACUCAAAAUAUUACUGUAACUAUAAUUUUUUCACUGUAUUUUGUACAAUAAUUGAUAUUUUUGAGUCAAUCUAAAACAAAAAAUUGAUGAAUAGAAUUUUUGUGAUCUUUUUUUAAUGUAUUUGCCUUGAAAUAGAUGAGAUAUCUCAGUCCUUCCAUAUACUGUGUGAUACAUAGGUAUUUAAUGGUGUGGAGACCCCAGUGACCACACAUUACCCAAGUCCUGCCCCUUUUUGUGCUAAACCUGCAUGAGCUGUCCAACCAUUGAUUUUGUAUUCGUGUUGAGAUUUGCAGUAUAAUUUUUAUACGUAACAGCAAAGUAUUUUAAUACUCCAUAACAUCAUUGUUAUAAUUGAUAAUCUGACUUUUGAAAAUAGGUAGAUGAUUACAAAUUACUAUUAAGCAGUAUUUUGAAUAAUGUUUUAAAAUUUAAAUAAUCUUUUGAAGAUGUAACCAAAUGAUCCUAGUAGAACUUAUUGGACUCAUCAACAGUGAUUACUUUU